GAGGCGCAGCCGGAACGUGCCGGAAGGUGUCGGAGCCUUGGCCGUGGGAUCGGGACGUGCUGGAACCCCAGGGUGGAACUGGGACGUACUGGGACCUGCGGCGUGGAACUGGGACGUGACGGAGCCCCAGGGUGGGACUGGGACGUGCCAGGACCCCGGGUGUGGAAUCAGGACGUGCUGAGACCCUCAGAGCGGAGCUGGGACAUACUGGGACCCCCGGCGUGGAACUGGGACGUACCGGGAGCACCGGUGGACGCGGGGCAGGAGGUGCCCGGGAUGGAGAAGGAAACCCCAGCGGGUGCCACUCCCUCUGGCCCCACUGCUGGCCAGGGGACGGACACACCCCCCUGGUCCCUGAGGCCCCCACAGCUCCCACCUGGCGAGGAGGAGGAGGAGGAGGAUGAACGAGGGGAUGAGGAUGAUGAGGAAGAGGAGGAUGAGGAUGGCCACGAGGACGACAUGGCGGGUGACGCCGAGGACAUCCUGCGCUACGAGGAGCGCAUCACCGGGCUCCUGGCCACGGUGGCCCGGCUGCACCGACAGGCAGAGCGGCUCCAGCGCUGCCCCGGCAGGUACCGGCACCGGCACUGGCACCGGGGGGGCACCCACCACAUGGCCCCCCUUCAUCUCUGCCCUUCGUCGCCCCGCAGGGAGGGCGAGGAGGGCUGGGAGGGCACCGCCAGCCCCGCCGCUGCCAGCCCCACACCGCGGCGCCUCGACGGCACCGGCGCCGGGCAGGAAGCCCACAGCCCCGACCUCUUCGCCGACCUCCAGCACGCCGUGAGCUCCCUGGAACGCGCCGUCUUCUCCCGGCACCGGCGGCCGCCGGCGCAGCUCCUGCCUGGCGAGGAGUGGGCGCGAGCAGCCAAGAGCCUGGAGGAGCUGAGCCGGGCACCGGGCUGGGCCGGGCGGGUGACGCGGCGGUGCCCAGCGGUGGCAGCAGGCGAGGAGCUGCCGGCGGAGGUGACGGCGGCGCUGGCGAGGAACGCGGCGCUCCGGGCAGCCGUGGGGCGCCGGGACGAGGAGCUGGAACAGGCCACGGCCGCGCUGCGGGCGCUGCGGGGGGAGCGGGACCGCCUGCAGGGCAAGGUGGGGGACCUGCGGGAUGCCCUGUCCAGGCUGGAGGAGCCGGGGGGGUCUGGAAGUGACGCCCCCGGGGUCAGCAGCCCCCUGAGGCUGUGCCAGGAUUUGCCCCAGUGCGGGGACAACGCUCAGCCCCACGGGGUGCAGCCCCAAGGGAUCCAGCCCCACGGGGUGCAGCCCCAAGGGAUCCAGCCCCACGGGGUGCAGCCCCUCAGGAUCCAGCCCCACGGGAUGCAGCCCCUCGGUUCUCAGCCCCACAGCCCCCUGUCCUCCCAGCCCUCGGGCUGCAAGGCCCUCCCCGGUGGGGAAGCCGAGCCCUGGCACGGCCUGACCGUGGUGCCAUCCGUGCCCAGGUGCCUGGGGAGGCUGCAGGAGGUGAACCGGGAGCUGGCGGCGGCGCUGCAGGAGUGCAAGGGCGAGGCGGAAAGGCUGAGCAUGGAGCUGGGGCAGCACGAGUCCCGCAGCACCGCCCUGCGCCUGGCCCUGCGCUGCAGCGAGCGCUGCGGGGGUGCUUAUGCCGCCCUCCUGGACCUGCUGCAGGCAAAGGUGGGACGGGAGGACGGUGCCCGUGGGGGAGCCACAGGGGAGCUGAGCCCGGGGCACGCACGGGGGUCCAGCCCCACAACCACGGAGGGGCCGCAGCUCCCGGGCCCAGCGGAGCCGGACAGGCAGGAGGAGAGCAGGGCCAGCAGCUCCCCCGGGGUGCAGAGCACCCCGGCGCCCCGGGGGAUGGAGGAGGGGGCCCUGCGGGAGCACAUCCGCCGGCUGCGCGCGGAGCAGGCGGCCGUGGAGGGGUCCCUGCUGGACGCCCCGGCCCCCCCUGGGGUGACCCAGCAGGGCCAGGACGCCCGGGCCCGGGCUGAGAGGGCACUGCGGGAUGCCAGGGAGCUGCUGCCGGGCUGGAGGCGGCCCGAGAAGGCGGAGCUGCUGCAGGACCUGGCGAUGCUCAAGGAGGCCAUGGCUGAGCUGAGGACGCGCCUGCAGCUGGCAGAGAGGGAGAAGCAGGGCCUGGAGGUGCUGCUGGCCGGGCAGGGCCCGCGGGAGGCUGCCCUGCGCCUCGUGCUCCAGCACCUGCAGUGGGAGCGGGACAGGGGCACCCGCCGCCCCCCCAGCAGCUCCAGCAGCUCCAGCAGCAGCGAGGGGGAUGCCCAGAUUGGCCGGGGCGGAGCGGCGGCUCCGCGGAACCCUCCGGAUCCGGAGAGGAUGAGGGAAGAGCUGCUCCGCACCUCGGCCAGGACGGAGGAGCUGCGUGCCCGGGCACGGGAGCUGGUGCUGUCCCUGGAGCAGGGCAGUGCUGCCAGCCGAGCACAGCAGGCACAGAGUGUCACCGUCACCACGGAUCUGUUCCAGGCGCACAGCGCCCUGGCCCUGGCGUACCGCGGUGCCCGGCGCAAGCAGGCGGCCCAGGCGCGGCGCCUGGAGGCGCAGGCGGGAGCCCUGCGCAGGCAACAUUCCCGGCGGGAGCAGGCGCUGGCCCGCAGGCUGCAAUCCCUGGAGCGGGGCCCGGCCGGCAGCGAGACCUGCAUCUAGAGACACCCCCCCCUCCCGGAGCCCC